AUGUGUAGGCUGCUUCAUGUCUAAAAGCGGCAGAUUCAAGAUGGAAAAUGACAAUAUGCAGUGUUUUCGGGUAUUCCGAUCUGGAAUCCCUGAUAAUUCAGUACCGCUCAUGAUGGGCAUUGACGAAGCUGGACGGGGCCCAGUGUUAGGCCCUAUGGUCUACGGUAGCUUCGUGUGUCCCAUUGGGGAUGAAUAUCGCAGAAUGCUGAAGGACAACAUAGGAGUUGACGACUCCAAGAAGUUGACUGCAUCAUUACGUGACUCUAAGUUCCGUGCAUUGAACGGUCCCGAAACCCCUUUUGCAAUGUGUGCGGAGGUGAUUACUCCUAGGUACAUUAGUUACAAGAUGCUACAACGGGAGGCCUAUAAUUUGAAUAACAUAUCGCACGAUUCUGCCAUUGCGCUCAUACGUUAUUACAUAUCGCAGGGAUUCAACAUAACGGAGGUAUAUGUAGACGCAGUGGGUCCCGCUGCCAAGUAUGAAGCUAUGUUGACUCAAUUGUUCCCCAAGAUAAAAUGUGUUGUUGCCAACAAGGCAGAUUCUAUAUUUCCCGUGGUUAGUGCGGCGUCCAUUGUUGCGAAGGUCAUUCGUGACAACAUUAUUGACAGUUGGUUCAAGGAUUCGCCUGAACGCGUGGAUGUGGGUUCUGGCUAUCCCGGAGAUCCCGUGACAAAGCAAUUUCUAUCUUCACAUCUAGACCGUUUAUUUGGGUUCUCGUCCUUUGUACGUGUAAGCUGGUCCACUGCUAAGAGCAUUUUGGAUGAUGAAACGCGUGCUGUACCUUUUGAAUGGUACGAUCCCGAUUCCGAAGAGGAGGAAUCUGACCGUGCUCGUCAACUGCAUGAGGUCCGCUGGCCUCCGUUCAGCUUGCUAAAGGACAUCAAGGAACUUUAAUGACAAGUUAGCCAUGAGGCA